UCGAUUUGUUUCCAGGAUGCAUAUAAUCUCUGAUUCCCUUACCAUGCUGGUUCCAAACAUAUCCACAGCUGUCAGCCUCUGGUGAUUUAUUAUCAACAAAAAUAAUUAAAGUCCAAUUAUUUUCACUUUUCAGCUCAGAAGUUUACCAACGCUUCAUUGGUCUACAUAACUGAGACAGUUUUAGAGGAAAUUGGAAUAAUUGAAAAAGGCCCGCAAGUGGUAAUUCUAACCGUGGUAGCAAAACUGAAAAAAGCUCAUCAUGACAAUACAUCGGACACAAACCCUACCCAAGCUGGACCAUCACGAAGAUUAACUGAGUCUCCGAGUGAAGCUGUAACAAUCCGACAAACCCUGGAACGAGAUGCUACUUGUCGAAAAAUAAUUUACACUAAAAUUGAUGCUGGAAAUGUACCGACACAUACUGAACUGUUGUCAGUGGUUCGAGUUCUUUGUAAUAAUAUGGUAUCGAAACUGCUGAACGAGAAAAUUUAUCCAUCAACUGAAGAGAAAAAAGCGUUGGCAAAGCUAGUUAUUGAAACUUUUCCCAUACUGGCUUCCACAAAAAUAACGGAAAACUCUCCCGACCAUUCAUACUUUUUUUGGAGAAAUGGAGGCAAAGGACCAAAUCAUGAACAUUCGGGACUCAUUCAUACUCACUUACGGAACAAAGCCAAAAAGCUUAAGGCCGAAGACCGAAAAUACACUCAUAAGAAAAAAGCUGACAAAGUCAGUAGCAUUCCGACUGGAAUAGUUGAGCUAGCUGAAGAAUGUGCUCACAAGGAAGCUACAGCCGCCAAUUUCAAUACAAUCGUAAAGUUCAUGGAUAAAACGCACACUCUUCACAUCAUGAUGCUGCAAGAUAAGAAGCCAUUCGAUUUCAUUCUUCAAACAUUUCCGCAUUUCAAAUCAUUUGAUGGACUUUUGAUUCAAAAAGCAUAUGAGCGCAUGACACCAAACUAUGACAAAAAUAGUAAUCUCGUUCCUGUUUUCGUCCGUGGGCUGAUGAUUGAACCAGAAAUGUUCUCUGCAAUUCCGGAUGACAAUCUUCGUGGCUGCUUGCGGAUUUUGUUGCAUCUGAAGCACAGAGGUUUGAAAAGCCAAGAAAGAGGACCAAACAAUGGACUCAGCGUAGAAGAGCAACUAGCUGCUGAUCUUAUCCGCUUUGUACCGGACACAGAAACAUCCAUGGAAGAACAGCUGGCCAGAUAUGUGGCCUAUAAUCAUGAACCUGUCGCUCCACAUAUGAUUUGCAAGGGUGGCGAGUAUCAUUUGUUCAUUCAAGGCCACUUGGUCAAAUGUGGAGACAGUUCAGUACAAGCUGUGGAUGUUCUUUUUAAGAGUUUCGCUGUCUUCAGACUUCCAGUUCCUCCUGUGCUCCAAAAACUUCACGACUUGAUUGAAAUUUCUUGCUACAAAGUCAAGCAGCAUAGCACACGACAGAUCGUCAACAAAUUGUGCGCUACGAUCCAAGAGUCGUGCAAGGCAGAAAUAAUUUGA